AUGGUUUACCCAAAUAUCAGUAAAGGUAAUAUUUGGAGGGCAAAAAAUCAUUGUUGCAUUUAUGUUUGAUUUUUUAUUUAAAUUUUCCAUAGCUUUAAAAAGUAAUUGCUUAAUGACUUUUGUCUAUUACUUUAUUACAAGUUUACACAAUUAGUGUUACACUAUAGUAUAUUAUUUGAUUCAUUCACAAUAUUUUAAUUGAUUGUAAUUCACAGUUCAUUGAUAAUAUCUGAAAAACUAUAUAAGAAAACAUAUAUACAUAUAUCGUUUUUUUAUGUAUGACAUAUUUUAAAUACUAUAUUAUCUAAAUAAUAUAAUAUACAAAAAUAUUUAAUACAACAAAAGUUCAUUUUCAGAUAAAAAUUAUAUCAUAAUGUGAUUAUAUAUAAGUUUUAUUACAUUUUCAAAAAUUUUUAUAUUUAAAUUAAAAUAUUUUUACAUUAAUAUUAAUUAAAAUAUAUCGUAACUAAAAAUAAUGUAUUUGCAAGAUAAAUACACUAGAUAUUUCUAACGUAAAUUAAUUUUGAAAUAUAAAAUAUUAAAGAAAAAUUACAAAAAAAGAUGCAACACUAAACAAUAUUUUACAGAAUGUGUUAUUUUAUUUUAAUGAAAAGAUUAAACAUAGAAAGAGUAAACUCCUUACCUUUUGUCUCGGUCAAACAUCUGCUUUGUCAUGAUAAAUCUAUAAUUGAAUUAAUGUUUUGUGACUGAAUAUACGACUAUUUUUUAUAAUUUAACCUAAUAUGGUUGUAGAGUUUUAUGGCAAUAAUAUUGUUAUAUUAUAAUAAUAUAAUAUUGAGAAUAAAACAUUGAUUUUGUGAAGCAAGAAAUUUUUUUACAGACAUUCACAAAUUAUUUUCCCUAAAUUAAAGAAAUUUAUAUUACAUUCGACGUCAGAGUAAAGAAAUACACAUUUAUAUAUACACAUCACUUCAGCUUGUUGCACUUGAAAGUACGUGAUUGCUGCAUGUAUCGUAGGUAUACGACAUAAAAUUAGAUUUUGAAGAUAAUUUUGAAAAACAUGAUGUAUUUUUUGUCAUAGUAUAUAUACAUUUUUUAAUUAAGCAUGUUAUUUGUUAAAAAAUAAUUUACUGUUGUCUAUACUAACCUAAAAGUUAUAUUAACUUAACCUAAAUACAUAUAAUAAUUUUUAUGAAUUAAAAUUUGACAGAAAUUUAUAUUAAUGGCUAAGGAUCAUAAAUAUUUGAAACGCUUAAAGUCUGAGAAAAUGAAAACAAAAUUCAAAGCAAAAAAAAUAAAACAUUUACCAAAAGAUUUAAAUAUUAUGGAUCCUUCGUUUAAAGUUAAAACAAUUGUUAUACGAGAACAGUUAAAACAGCAUGAUAAGAUGGAAAUACUUAGCAAGAGAAAACUUAAUAUUAAGGAUUUGUUGUCACGUUUACAACAUUAUAAUUCGACAGUUCGACAAAAUGCUGUAAAAGAAUUGAAAGAAAUCUUAUCAAAACAUUCUUUUAAAUUGUUAAGUUCUCAAUUUGGACCUCUUUUACAAGGUGUUUGUGCACUCUCCCUCGAUAAAGAAAGAGAUAUUAGACAUGACUCUUUGAAAGUUUUAAGUCUAAUCCUUGGACCAAUUUCUAAUGAUCAACUUAAUCCAUAUUGUGAUGUAUUGAUUUCUUAUUUGAGAUGUUCUAUGACACAUAUUGAUCCUUACAUCAAAGAAGAUGCUUUACUGUUCUUGGAUGUACUUGUGCAAAAUUGUAGCAAUAUUCUGGCAAAAAACAGUUAUAAAGUGCUGCCAAAUUUUUUAGAUAUGAUUUCCAAAUUGCAUACAGAAAUGAAGCCCGGAAGACUAUUAGUAACAACCUUAAACUCCAAGAAUAGUAAUGUUAAAUGGAGGAUAAAAGUAUUAGAAAGGCUUGCUACUAUGUUUAGUUCCAUGGUUACUUUCUUUAAAUCUCAAGAGAAUAUCAGUUUAGAUGAAAGUGUAAAACUUAUAACUGUGAAUAAAAAUAUUAGAUAUAUUCCUACUUAUACCAAUAUAAAAUAUAAUUUUCAAAAUUGUAAAAUUGAUUUUGAAAGAAUUAAUGAUGUGGAAGAAAAUAACAUUAAUAACAUUAAUAACACUUCAGAUGCAGAUGAAUUUGUGAAAUACGUAGAAUUAUUAAUGCCACUUAUAUUUGACAGCUGGCUUGAAGUAUGUCCUGAUGAAAAAAAUAUUGACAAUUCUGUAGUUUUUAUUUCUACAGAGGCAUUGGAAUUAUUAAAAAAUAUCAUAACAAUAAUACAAUUAAUAAUUGAAUGUAUUGAUAUAUUGCACACAAAAAGUGAUACAUUUUUCCUAACAGAAAAACUGAAAAAUUGGUCUGACAUAAAUAAUAUUAUGCUACCACAACUGACUAAGCUUCUGAGAACAUUAUUUUUAAAAGCAAGUAAAAUUUGGUACAAAAAUCAACUUUAUUUGAAUGAAACUUUACAAUUAGUUAUAAAUGCAUGUUGUAAUCACUUAAAAAGAGAAAUACAGUUACAAUUAUUUUCUGUGAUCAGCGAAAUAAUGUUAGAUCAUACGUUGCAAGAAUUACAUAGGGAAAAUGUAUUUAAAGAAUUCAUCUCAACUUUGCCAAAUCUCUUGUUAAAAUCAAAAAUACAUGAAAAUACAAUACAGAUAAUAAAUAAGAUUGUACUCCGUUAUAGAAAUUGGAUUCAAAAAGAACUUCUCAUAAAUUACAAAAACAUUAUAGGUAAUUGUACAUAAAAAUAUUACAUUUAUAAUUGCAUGUAUGUUAUAAACAAUGCUAUUAUUAUUUAUAUUACAGAAAACGCCAAAAAGAUUGAAAUUAUCGGAUCUGAAGACCAUAAACAAUCUCGUCUUAUGAUAUGUAAUUUGUUUUACUUUUUAAAUACCGAAAUUUUCUAUUAAGUAAGAUAAGUAUAUAUUUCUUUAAUAAUUUUAUAUUUUACUAUAAAUUUUUACAAAAAAUGAUAUUUUUCGUGUUUUUUAAUAAAUCAUUAAUUUAUUAUUCAAAUAUUUAAAAAUUAUUAUUAGAGCAUUGCUGACAAUAUGCAGUCAUUAAUAAUAUUAAAUUAUAUACUUAAUACUUAUUAUAAAUAGAUACAUAA